AUGUUGAAGCUGAGGAAGUUCUCGUCCAACGCGGUCUCCUCGAAGUUGAACCCCCAAACGAUCUGGUCGUACGUGAAGGGUGCGUUUUUCUCGAGGAUUUUGGUCGAAAACAGCACAACCUCGGACUUGGCCUCUGUCUCGAACCUCCUUCCACUCGUCGGUCACCAGAUUGUACAGGAAGACGUCGCGGUUGCCAACAACACACACGUAAUUCCCGUCGUCGCUCAUUGCACAGCACCGGAUUUCUCUAUUGUUGAUGAAGAACGAGAUCGGCAGCAUCACGUCGAACCAGCUGUUCGUCUCCUUGUUGCUGGUGUCCGGGCUGCCCUUCCAAUGGUCGAUCAGAUUCUUAUCAAAAGCGCGAAACAACGAAAGACGGUCGUUGCCCAGCAACACGGGCCGUUUGAACGUGGCCGAGCUCAGAAACCGCGAGUGGUUCAGCGUGACAAGAUUCAGCUUGUGCAGCUUGUGCUCGGUGGCCAGGAUCAGCUCGAAGUUGCUGAUGAAGCCGAUGCUGGUGGGGCGCAGCCAGUCUGCGCUCUCGUAGUCGUACGUGGAGAAGUUGAGGUUUCCGAGCGUGGAGUACACGUUCCAGCCGUUUCUGUACAGGGCAAUCAAGGAGUCGCCGUCCGGACUCAGCACGAGGUUCUGCAGGUCCUGCGACGAGACGUGUUUCUUGAUCACACGCAGUUUCUUCACGGCCAUUGUGCGCAGCAGCUUGGCCACCACCAGGUCGCCGUUCUCCAUGCCAAAAUACACCAGGUUGCGGAAAUGGUUGAUCAGACACUUCACCACGCGCCCGUCCAGCGAGGAGUGGAUCUGCUUGCCCACAAACUCCACGUUGUCUGCGCCGCCGCGUUUCUGCACCAGCCAGCAGUCUCCGGCUUCGUUCAGCCACACAAAACAGCCCAUCUCGAAGUUGUAGAACAGCUCCCGCGUGGUGGAGUCCGCAUGAUUAGCAGCAUGUUCUUGGACGUUUCGACGGCAAACUGUUUGCCGUUGGGUGACCGCUUGAUCUUCAAAUUGCGACCGUACUCGUCCAACGAGUUGUUGGAGCUCCAAUUCUUCGUCGAUGUCGUUGGAGUCCUGGUACUGCUGGUACUCGCUCACAAGGUCGUUCAUGUUGGAUUCGGCUUCGGUGAAUUCCAUCUCGUCCAUACCUUCAGAAGUGUACCAGUGCAAGAACGCUUUUCUUCUGAACAUGGCACUGAACUGGUCUCCCACUCUUCUGAACAGCUCCUGGAUAGAAGUGGAGUUUCCAAUAAACGUAGCAGACAUGUCCAGGUCCUUAGGAGCAACAGAACAAACGGCAGAUUGGACGUUGUUUGGAAUCCAUUCCACAAAGUAGUCAGAGUUCUUGGUUUGCACCUUGUGCAUCUCGUCCUCAACCUCCUUCACAGAAACCUUACCUCUGAAGAAAGCAGCGACAGUCAGGUAUCUACCCUUUCUUGGGUCAGAAGCGGCCAUCAUGUUCUUGGAAUCGAACAUUUGUUGUGUCAGUUCUGGAACAGUCAACGAUCUGAACGACUGCGAUCCAAUCGAGGUCAAUGGAGCGUAACCAACCAUGAAGAAGUGCAAUCUUGGGAAUGGCACAAGGUUCACAGCAAGCUUUCUCAGGUCGGAGUUCAAUUGUCCUGGGAAACGCAGCGAGGUGGUGACACCAGACAUAACAGACGAAACAAGGUGGUUCAAGUCGCUGUAAUUUGGUUGGUUCAAUUUCAAAGUUCUCUGGCAGAUGUCAUCAAAAGAGUACCCAUACCAGAACCGGUACCACCACCCAAGGAAUGGGUGAUCUGGAAACCUUGGAGCGAGUCGCAACCUUCGGCCUCUCUUCUAACAACGUCUAACACAGAGUCAACCAGCUCGGCUCCCUCGGUUGUCGAUCGUGCCUGGCUCCAAAUCGACCAAGACUGCUCUUGGCACGUAUUUUCCGCUGCUAGCUUCGUUGUAGUAAACGUUGAGUCUGGAUUUCUGAAUAUCAUCGGUUCCGUGGUAAGUUCCGUCUGA